AUGUCUGCGUUAACUUCCAAAGAGGCAUUUGCAAAGCUUCCCCAGAAAUUGCACAAUUUUUUCAUCAAGCAUCCGCCUAGACCAUUUGCACAAUACAAAGACGGACCAUCGACAACUACUGAUCCCAUCAAGAACCCAUUUUACCCCAAUAAACAUCUAGAAACAGGUAGAUGGCACAGUCCCCAUUAUUCGCGUCGAAGAUCGGCCGAUUUGUUCAAGAUGGCAAAGAAGUUUGGCAUUCAGGACUUGUUGCCGCCUACACCGAGAAAAUUCCACGAUGAAAAAUACAACAAUAACAAGUGGAUGAUGGGUAUGGUCCAGCCUGCUGGACGCGCGAACCAGGCUGAGUUGGAUGAGAAGUUCAGAAAGAGGGCCGAGGCUAUAAAGAAUAUGGACCAGAUCAUCACGGAGGUGAGACCUAGUUAUAAGAAGUUGUUGAGGAAGCGUAAGGAGAAAGAACCUAAGUGGUAUUAG